AGGAUACUUUUGUUGAUAACGCCAAGGCAUGAUGAAGUAACUAGAAUUUUUCAUUUUGUUGAAGAGGAUAUUCUGUGGUAGGAAAGAGACAUAUCCUUUGUCGUUUUUGCAUAGCUACUUGAUACACCAAAUAUUGCAUAUGGCAGAUACUGAGGAAUAUAAACCAACAGAGGAGAACACUUCUCAAAGCACAAAACAAGAAAGCGAAGACACAGUGAGAACUCUGUUCAUAACCGGGUUUCCUGCAGACGUUCUUGAACGAGAGGUUCACAACUUGUUUCGCUUCCGUUAUCCUUUAUAUGAUGGUUGCAUCAUAAAAAAUUCUUCUCGACGCAAAGAACCCGUAGUAUUUGCGGUGUUUCGAACGAGAGAAGAGGCCGAAGAAGCAAUGAAGGACUUUGACGGCAUAGUUUUUGAUCCAGCUUUGGGUAGUAAACUCAAAAUAGAAUUUGCAAAAAGCAACACCAGAGUGAAAAGAGACUGGGCUCAUUCCUCGUCUUUUGAGGAUAAUAGGAGAAAUGAAGGUCGACGUGUGGAGAAAAGGUAUCGUGGAAGUGACUACAGUUUAGGAACUGGAACGGGUGGAGUUGUAGCUCAGUUACCUUUAUUUACACAACCAGGUUCUUGGAAUCUUGCUUCAAAUAAUACCCCCGGUUUACAAUAUCCAAUGUUUUCCAACGUAUCAUUGCCUUUGACGUCUAAUCCCUCUUUCAAUCAAAAUGCUUGUUCUACUUUAUUUGUAGGAAACCUAUCACCUUCCGUUACUCAGGCAGAGUUGGAAAACCUCUUUAGUCGAUGCACUGGUUUUCGUCGGGUCCGAUUGAAUAUCAAGGAUGAGCGUGCACCAGUGGCAUUUGUAGAAUUCACUGACUCGGUCUAUUCUACACAAGCUAUGCAACAAUGUCAGAAUGUACCUUUACCUUCGAGUGAAAAGGGAGGAAUACGUAUUGAAUUUGCGAGAAAUAAGAUGAGCAAUCGUCCAUCUCAAGUAGAGGAAGGCGGGGACUCACCGAAUCGUACUGCAGGCAAUCAACCAGCAAUAUCGACCAAUCAUCAUUCGAAUACUAGUCCAUGGACCAGUGCCUUAUUCCAUUCUGGACUCGCAAAUCAGAAAAACUACACAAAUGAAGAUAACUCAUAAAUAUUUUCGCUUCUAGUACUUGUUAAUAGUUUGUCGCUGUUUGGCCAAACUUUGUUGGGAGUGCUCUCUGUUUCUUCUAUUGUGUGGUGUACAUUCCAAUCUUUUGGAUAUAAAACAAAUUCACACGCA